AUGAAAGUUCUAGCAGUCAUCUUUACCGUAUUAGUCGCAGUCAAUGCGUCGAAGCAGUGCCCAAAAGAUGAUGAAUUCGCAUGGGAAAAAGAUGUUCUUUUAGAACAUGAAAUGUGCAACAAAUUUUACAAAUGCACCUUCGGUACUCCGGUCGAGAUGUCGUGUGCAGAUGGCCUUUUCUUUAACCACGAACUUGGGAUUUGCGAUUGGAAGCAAAACGUAAAUUGUGGUGAUAGAAAUAUCCCUGAUGAUAAACCUAGUAGUGGAGAGAAUGACGAUGAUGAUAAAGAUCAAGGUGGUGAUGAAAACGAUGAUUUGGAAAUUGAUAUUUGCGCUUUGCCAGGCAAGGAUGUACCGGAAUCGGGACUUUUAGAAAACGGAUGUCCAAUUGAUUCGACGGUACAUUGGCUUUUGCCUCAUGAGGAUGAUUGCAACAAAUUCUAUUACUGCGUAAACGGCGCUAAAAUUGAACAACAAUGUUUUGGUCCUUUGCACUUUAACAGCAGACUUCAGGUAUGCGAUCUCCCAAUGAACGCGUGUUGUGCUAAUUCCUUUAGCAAACACGUUUCCGGACUAAUAUCUGCAAUCUUGUUCCUUGCUGUCGCUUCAGCGGCUAGCGCCAUAAACUUCUGCCCCAAGAUACAAGAAAUCGACUGGGAAAUUGAAUUAUUACUACCGCAUUGGGAAUGCAAUAAAUUCUACCAAUGUACUCACGGGAAACCUGUCGAGAUGGUUUGUCCUAAGGGACUCUUUUUCAGUAUCAUUAAAAACAAAUGCGAUUGGAGGGACCUCGUGAGAUGUGGGGAUAGGAUUGUUCUUGAAGAAUUUAAGCCAGAAGUAACCAAGGCACCAGAGACUACACCUGUAACGGAAAGAAACGAGAAUGACAAUAUUACUGUAGUGGAGAUAGAGAAACCAAUCAUUGAAUUACUUCCCAAUGGAUGUCCAGUAGAUCCUGAGAUACACUGGUUGUUACCUAGUGAGAAGUUCUGUAAUUUGUUCUACUACUGUGUGGGAGGCGAGAGAGAAUUAAGACGGUGUCCAUUCUGGUUGCAUUUCAAUAAAGAAUUGCAGGUUUGUGAUUGGCCGAGGAAUUCCGGCUGCGUAGACAUCUACAGAACUAUUCUUGUCUUAGCGGCUAUAACAGCUGCUAACGGUUUCAACUUCUGUCCUAAAAUACAAGAGAUUAACUGGGAAAUCGAACUGCUAUUACCACAUUGGGAAUGCAAUAAAUUCUACCAAUGUACCCACGGGAAACCUGUCGAGAUGAUUUGCCCGAAAGGGCUUUACUUCAGUAUCAUUAAAAACAAAUGCGAUUGGAGAGACCUCGUUAGAUGUGGGGACAGAGUCGUACUUGAUAGACCGGAACAUGAUGGUCUUGAAAUACCACAAACUACAGAAUCACCAGAAAAGAAUAACACCGUUGUUGAACCUCAGAAACCUGAAGGUCCAGAAAUUGAAUUACUUCCCAAUGGAUGUCCAGUAGACCCUGAGAUACACUGGUUGUUACCUAAUGAGAAGUUCUGCAAUUUGUUCUACUAUUGUGUGGAAGGCGAGAGAGAAUUAAGACGGUGUCCAUUCUGGUUACAUUUUAAUAGGAAACUUCAGGUGUGUGACUGGCCGAAAAAUUCUGGAUGUAUAGAGAUAUUCACAGUCAUAACAGCAAUUUUCUUCCUAGCCGCUGCCGUAGCGGGUAGCGGUCUCAAUUUAUGUCCCAAAAUUCAAGAAGUCGAUUGGGAAAUAGAAUUAUUAUUACCGCAUUGGAAAUGCAACAAAUUCGUUCAAUGUACCCAUGGGGAGCCUAUCGAGAUGUCGUGCCCAGAUGGACUUUACUUCAGCGUUAUUGAGGGCAUCUGCGAUUGGAGGGAAAACGUCGAUUGUGGAUUUAGAGUUGUCCCCGAUGUGACGAAACCUGAAGAUGUGAAGCCAACGGAAACUACCAUUACAAUUGAAGAGAAUAUAACAGAAGAAAGCAAACAAACAGAACCUGACACUACAGUAGAUGAAGUCAGUAUACCAGAGGAAAUCGAGACUGAAAAACCAGAUCUUCCAGUGAUUGAGUUUCUUCCAAAUGGAUGUCCAGUGGAUUCCGAGGUUCAUUGGUUACUGCCGCAUGAGAAUUUCUGCAAUUUGUUCUACUAUUGCGUGCAAGGUGAAAGAGAGAUAUCAAGUUGUCCUUUCUGGUUGCAUUUUAAUUGGGAAUUGCAGAUGGUACAAAGUGCUGUUCAUCAACAGAGCAACAUAUCUGACGCUAAUUGGGAAAUAGAACUAGUGUUGGCGCAUGAAGAGUGUAAUAAGUUUUACAAAUAUUUUAACGGGAAACCAUUAGAGGUGAUAUGCCCUAAAGGUCUUAAUUUCAAUGUGAAAUAUUUGAGAUGUGAUUGGAAACAUAAUGUAGAUUGUGAAGGACGUACUCCAGAUGUUCAAAGCGAUGAUGAAAUAACGAAUAAUGAGGAAUCGGAAAUUGAUGAUUUGGAAAAUGAAGAAAUAGACGCUGACAAUGGUGAUCGAAAUAUUUUGCAACAACUUUGUACGAACGAUAUCAACCCCGAAGAGGCUGAGACCGAACAUACAGUACUAGAGGCAUGGGAGGGUGCACCGGCAAUAAUCAACGUUCUAGCGGUGAUCUUACUUGUAACGGCAGUUGUGGCCGAGGAUGGUGCAUUAUGUCCUAAGGAACAGGAUGCCAAUUACGAAGUGGAUAGAUUGGUAGCCCACGAGGAUUGUAAUAAAUUCUACAAAUGCGUCCAAGGGGAACCCGUUGAAAUGAUGUGCCCAGAAGGAUUGUUGUUCAACUCUGUGUUCCGCUUCUGCGACUGGACCCUCAAUGUCGAUUGUGGGGAAAGAAGAAUGCCUACUGAACGAGCCAUUCCUAUUACUGAAGUGACUGAGGCACAGCCAGAAGGAGAGGCGAGCGGAGACAGUGAAGAAUCUAAUGAAAUUGAAUUGCUUGAAAAUGGAUGUCCCGUAGAUCCAGUUAUUCACUGGCUUGUUCCCGACGACGAAGAUUGUCUGCGACUGGGCUCAAUUCGCCAACUGCACAGCGACAGGAACUGCCCCUACGACUACAGUCACUACACCAGUCCCAACGACAGUCGCCGCUUAAAUUGUCUUAGUAAGCUGAGCAUGGUUCACUUCAGUGCUCGAUUUGGUACAGGUGAAUUGGCGUUAUUGAUUUUAUCUAUUGCCUCGGCAUACGCAGUUUCAUGUCCGGGACCAGAAUCAUGGAAUGAAACUGUAUUUUUGCUACAUGAAGACUGUCAUAAGUUCUACAAAUGUGUGUUUGGACAGCCAAUCGAAAUGUCCUGCUCUGCCGGAUUGUAUUUUAACCUUGAGACGUCACAAUGCGAUUGGAAAGAAAACGUUGAUUGUCCAAACGAUGUGUCAGAAGAACAAGGCUCGCAAUUCUUAGAGAAUGGUUGUCCAAGAGAUUCAUCUGUGCAUUGGCUUUUGCCGCAUGAAAAUGAUUGCAACCUAUUCUAUACUUGCGUUUCGGGAAGAAAAUUGAAACGCAGUUGUCCUGGCUCGCUACAUUUUGACUUUGAACAGCAGAUAUGCGGUUGGCCGAAACCAGAGGGCUGUGACACUUCGAACGAAGAUUCUAGUACAGAGAUUGAUAGUCCUGAAAAUAAUCCUUCUAAAGAAGACAAUUCAAUUGAGGAUAAUACUAAGGAAGAUAUUUCUAAAGAGGAUGAUAGCAAAGAAGAUGAAAGUAAAGAAGACGUUACUAAAGAAGAUUCUAGUUCUGAAAAUAAUCCUUCUAAAGAAGACAAUUCAAUUGAAAAUAAUACUAAAGAGGAUAUUUCAAAAGAGGAUGAUAGCAAAGAAGAUAUAUCAAAAGAAGAUGAUAGUAAAGAGGAUUCUAGUUCGGAAGGUAGUUCUGAAAAUAAUUCUUCCGAAGGAGAUAUAACAAUUGAGGAAUUCUCUGAGGAAGAUAUCUCUAAAGAAAAUGACACCAAGGAAAAUAAUACUAAAGAAGAUGACAGUAACGAAAAUGAUAGCAAAGAAGACAUAUCUAACGAAAAUAACACUAACGAAAAUGACUCUAAAGAAAGUAUUUCUAACGAAGAUACCUCUAAUGAAGAAGAUUCUUCAAAAGAUUCUUCAGAAGAGAAGACAGAAGAAGACACGUCCAAUGAUGAUACAGAUCUUCGCAGUGUUAAAAAAAUUGAAGCGAUCGUUCAUGUUAAUGUUCUAAAAAGUAUGCAAAACGGAUUAUAAAUAUAAAAUUGCUGAAUAUAUAAUUUUGCUUCUCUGGUAUUAUUGAAUAAGUAAUUAUCGGUAAUU